AUGUCAUAUUCUCAGGAGCUUAAAGUCGCACAGCUGGCUGUACAGAGAGCUGCGAUUUUGACAAAGAAAGUCUUUAAGGAAAAAGCAAAGGGCACUUUUUCAAAAGAAGACAAGUCACCAGUAACCAUUGGAGAUUUUGGUGCACAAGCAUUGAUCAUUCAAGCUAUCAAGAAGAACUUUCCUAGCGAUGAAAUAGUGGGUGAAGAAGAAGCUUCGUCGUUGCGCGACAACAAAGAUCUGAGCUUUCAGAUUUGGGAUCUGGUCAAGGAAGUUAGACUCGAACACCCUGAUUCAGAUUCAUUACUUGGAGGGUCGUUAUCUAGUGAAGAUGCUAUGCUGGAGGCAAUCGAUCAAGGAAGCAGUGCAGGAGGCGGCAAAGGCAGAAUAUGGGCUCUUGAUCCAAUUGAUGGCACGAAGGGUUUCCUACGGGGGGGCCAGUAUGCAGUCUGUUUGGCUCUCAUUGUUGAUGGAGACAUCAAAGUCGGAGUUCUCGGCUGCCCUAAUCUACCGGUUGACGACACUACCACCCUGAACGAGGAUAUUGGGGCAAAUCAGACGGAUCAAGAAGGUAAGGGCGUGCUUUUCGCCGCGGUACAGGGACAGGGUGCCACCAGUCAACCAUUAUCAACCUCAUCGUUAGGGCCGAGCAAGGCAAUCCAUAUGCGACCAGUUCCGGACAUUGCACAAGCUGUUUUCUGCGAAAGUGUCGAAGCUGGUCACUCCUCGAAGGGUGACAAUGCGGCAAUUGCGGAGAAGCUGGGCAUCACAUCAAAGCCGGUUCAGAUGGACUCCCAGGCCAAGUACGGGUCGAUCGCUAGAGGCGCGGGGGACCUAUACCUGAGGCUUCCGGUACGGAAAGAUUAUCAGGAAAAGAUAUGGGAUCAUGCUGCAGGUGAUCUGAUCGUCCGAGAAGCUGGUGGCGUGGUAACCGACACAAAUGGAAAACGACUGGACUUCAGCCAAGGACGGACCUUGAAGGAUAACAAGGGUGUAGUCGCGGCACCAGAGGCUAUUCAUGCCAAAGUGUUGAAUGCGGUGCAGGAAGUUCUUGGACUCAAAUAG